AUGGCACCACCAAACCCGACCGGCUUCGAGAUCAAAGAGUUCGUACGAGCUUCAACAAGCGCGCAGUGGAGGUCAAAAGAUCCAUGGAAGAGAAAUGAAAUCUGGAGAUACACUGGUCCCUUCACAAGGUGGAAUCGCUUCAAGGGCGCCUUCCCAGGCUUUGGUAUAGCUGCAGUCGCAUUCGGAGUAUACGUCGUCGCAGAGCAGCUAUUCUUUCCGGAUACACACGGGCAUGGAGACGGUCAUGGGGAGAGCCAUCAUUAG